UGGAAAUUCGCCGUGCAAACUGAGUGGAAAAAUGGCUAAUUUUCGGAAAUUUUCUUACAAUUUUUACGUAUAUUCAAACUUUGAUGUAACAUGAAGAAAUAAUUUCUCGGAAACAUGAGCUCCGAUGUCGAACAAAUCAUUAAAACUUUCCUGAAAGACUUUCAAGUUCUUGAAUCAUCUGUGUCCGGGUUUUUGAAUUUGAAUGAUUUGGAUUAUUUUUUGGAUAGCUUGAAAGCGUGUGGAUUUUCAUUUUACAAGCGUAAUACCGUUGUUUACGAAGCUUCGAAGAGAUAUAAAUCUUCAAAAAUCAGAUUUUCCUAUGGAACCAAAAUACCUUUCCUUGGAUAUCCAUUCAUGAUUAAUAAAACCAUUUACAUGCGAUGUUCUCAAGAUAGUGAAUAUAAGCCAUCUGUCGACAAAUCUAAAGAAGAUACGCCCAAUCGUAAGAAAAGAACGAACUCGCAACCAACGAAAAAAAUUGGCUGUAAAGCAUUUUUGAAUAUCACCUACAUUUUGGUUUUUCGGAGCGUAAGAGUUAAGAACAUACAAACUGAUAAAAGAGAGGCGUCUGAAAAAAUCAAAAAAAACUUCGCAGAAUGUGCCAAAGAAACCGAAACUCGUCUACUAGUCGAAUUAUCAUCCAGUAAAGAACACAACCACCCUCCGACGACGGAAGAUCAAAUUAUUCAUCCAUUAUUAAAAUCCGAAAUCUACAGACUAGUCGCUAAUGAUGUGAAAUCGCCUUCGUCCGUAAAAUCUCACCUAUUCGAAGUGGUUGAAAAAAUGAUCAAAGAUAACAAGAUUCCUAAACCUGAUGAAAACAAUCAUUGUUUUUACCCUCCGAACGAGGUGAUCAGAUAUCACAUAAAUAUGGCGAAAUUUUCAAUGAAGAAAGAAACUUUGGACGAAUUUGCGUUGUCAGAAUUUCUAGAUUUGUGGAAAAGUAAAUGUGACGACGAAUUUUUCUUUCAAUCUACUCAGACUUUAGCUACCGGUGAUAUAAAAACCACUCCUUUAUGGUGUCAUCAAACGAAAUGGCAACAAUACCUAAUGAAUACUUAUGGAAAUACUAUCACCAUCUUAGAUGUAGCUUAUAAAUCUACGAAUUACAGCUUUCCUUUGUACUUUCUAAUCGUCAAGACCAACAAGAGCUUCAUACCGGUCGGUACUUUCGUAUUGAAUUCAACUCAAGAGGCUGCUAUUACUCAAGCUCUGAAUACAUUCCGGCUAUGGAAUCCUAACUGGAACCCGAAGUAUUUCGUGUGUGGACACGAAGAUACCGAGAGAAGCGCUGUACAUGGUGUAUUUCCUAACAGUGCCCGAAGCAUAUGUUCUUAUCGAACUUACCAUACGUGGAGAACUUGGUUGAAUCAAAAUAACACCGGAGAACACAGUAUACACGUUUUAAACUUAUGGGAAGCUUUAAUGUUAUCUAAAACCGAAGACGAAUUCGUUCAAAAUGAAACACUGAUGCAUAAUCAUCCGAGUUACAAGACUAACGCGCCUGUCGAAACGUAUUUCUACAAAAUUUGGUACGAUUUACGUGAACAAUGGGUAGUCGCGUAUCAGACUCAAGAAUUUUACGUUUAUAUGAAUUUAAAUAACGGUGCCGAAACCGGUAAAGAUUUCUUCGCGUAUAAAUUUUUGGCCGAACGCAACGAAAAAAUAUUGUCGAAUAUAUUGGCAACGAUCGUUACCGAUUAUCUACCCGAAUGUUUUCAACAGUAUUAUUCUUAUAAUAUUUCGAUUAGAUUAAAUUCACAUAACUUGAUCAACAGACCGAUUGAUUUUGUAAACCAUUUCACCGAAAGAUUCGAAAAUGCUGAAAAUGAAUUCGAAGCACCGACGAUAAUAUCGACAGAUGCUAGUAAAUUUAUGCUUAAAAGCAGCACCGAAGAAGACUGGUACCAUGUAGAUUUUGAAGAAGUUAAUUGUACGUGCGACGAUUUCCAAAAAUGGCGGUAUCCUUGUAUCCACAUGUGUUCUGUGUUCAAACACACCUCGUUAACUAUCGAUAAUUUGGCUCAAUGGUAUUUAAAUAGUCCGUAUUUAAAAUCAGACAGCAGGUUCGCCGAAUUUUCUAAUAAUUUACCCGAUUGGUACCGUAAACGGAGAACGAGAGUUGAGCACGAUGUAAUUUUCGACGAAGAAGAGAAUAAAAAGAAGAGGCUGAUUAUGGAUCACAUAAUUCAAUUCCCUGAUCCUGAUACAUUCGCUGAGAGUGAAAUCGAUCAAACAGACAUUGAAGUGUCGGAACCAAAUCCAGAGUUUAGUUUUUCUGUAUGUGAUCCUCUUCAGAAUAAAAAGUCGAGCAUUCAGAAUUUACUAGAAUCGUUAUCUCAUAAAGUGGAAAAUAUGUCCGAAAAUGAGCUUAAUCUUUGUUACGAAAGACUGAAGAGUUUGCAAGAUGAAAUAACCAUUUCCGAAUUAUUAAUGUAGGCUAUAUUUUUUCUUACACGUUUGUACUUUGUAAUACGAUUUUGUCAUUAAUACUUUCGCAUUAAUUAAGUAUCGGGGGCUUGACUAACCGAUCAUAACUGUUUUAUGUGUGUUUUUUAUAUUUUGAGAUUUUUGGAUUACAUGUAGGGUUAUAUUUGGUCAUUUUCA